AUGGAACGUUCUAAGAACCCUAAUUUCAUCACAGCACACAUCAAUCGAACUACUGCAGACAAGAAGAAGACUCAAUUACUACUCAGGUACCGCUCUCACGCUGACCAGAAAGAUCACUACUCAGUACGUUUCGAUGACGAAACAUUUGAUGAAUGUAUGACUCUCGACAGUUCUUAUAAUAUGUUGUCACACCUUUAUUACAGUCUAGUGGGUUCAUGUAAGGGGUUGAUUUGUUUGCGCAACAACGCUGGUGUUGUUGUUUGGAACCCGGCAAUUAGAAAGACCCUGCGUCUUCCGAAGCCCCCUAGUUCACUCUCGGAUCGUCGAUUUCCUUGUACCGUUCUUGUUGGGUUUGGAUUCAAUUCUUGUACUAAUGACUUCAAGGUUAUUAGAAUGUUUCAGUUUUUGGAUUUGGACACGGAGAUUUUUAUGGUUCCACCUGUGGCUGAGGUUUAUGAGAUAAGCACUGGUUUGUCGAGAGCCAUUAGUGCUGUUCCUCCAUAUAACAUGUCUAGUGGGAAAAAAAGUUGUUCCUAUUAUGAUGAGAGUGUUUUUGUUAAAGGGGCUUCUCAUUGGCUAUUAAUUGAGAAUCCCAACUCGAUUUUGUCGUUCGAUAUGGCUUCUGAGGUUUUUCGCGAGGUGAUGUUUCCAGCUAGUGUUGCUAACGAAACUGCCAUGUCAAUUUCGAUUUUCAGAGAAUCUCUAUCUCUGUUCACUUAUGAUAGAGAUUUAUGGGAAUAUUGUAUAUGGGUGAUGAAAGAGUACGGUGUAGUGGAGUCUUGGACGAAAUUAUUCACUAUUGGACGACAAAUAGGCAGAGUUUUGGGACUGAGGAAAACUGGUGAAAUUCUUGUGGCAAAGGUGGCGCUGCUUUCAUUCGAUUUCGGGAGGGAGCUGGUUUCAUUUGAUCCAGUGAACAAGCAACAAGUCAAUCUUGGAAUUCGUUGGUCUCAAUGCUCGCCUCGUUUGGAUACUUAUAUGGAGAGCCUUGUUUUACUUGAUCGGAAAUAUUAA